AUGGAGGGUUACAGACCUUUGAGUCUGACUGAAAGAAGGGCUUCGAUGGGUUUCAACCCAGAUGACGGCGAUCUCUCUCCCACCACCCGCGCAACCCUAACCCUCAACACCACGAAUAAUGUACGCUUGCCCUCUCGAGUCGAAAAGAUCGUGCAGACACGGCCACGAGGGCCUCCGACCCCUAAUAUGAUGACCCCGUCAGCAGACCCAGACUCCCCAACACAUUCGAGCCAUGAUCCGCCCCCACCCCCUACACCAGCAGCGAGUCCAGGUCCGGACCAUCCACAGCCGGAUUGGAGCCAAGCAGGAGACGAGGAAGAUGUUUAUUUGUCAGAUAUGCGAGUGCGUUUCAAUACCAGCUCCUACCCGGAGCGGACAAGGCUGCUGGCCGAUCUGUUGAACAUAUGUACCAGCCGGGAGCUCAGCUUUGUACGGCAGUACAUAGAUCCUUUGCUAAAGAAAGACCCUUUCACCAGUCUACCAAAUGAGAUAUGUUUACGGAUACUCUCUUUCAUCGACGACCCCAAGGUCCUCGCUCGCGCAUCUCAGGUCUCGCAAAGAUGGCGAGAAUUACUGGCUGAUGAUGUAACAUGGAUGAAGUUGUGUGCAAAACACGAUUACGGGCGGAGGAUGUCAGAAGCGCAUAUCAGCACGCCUCCCUUCUCCUCGCUACGACCUCCCCCAAACCCAAUAUUUGGAUAUUUUGACGGCGAAACACCGACUUAUUCAUAUCCAGGGGCGACAGCAGUAGCACCGCAUGUUCCUGGCAAUUCGAGGAGUUUUGAUAGUGCUACCAGUUCGAAUGCUUUGAGGAGGCCGAAGAUUAGAUCAUACAAGUCGCAUUUUAAACAAAGAUACUUGGUGGAGACGGCAUGGAGGACUGGUGGAAGAAACAUUGCGAGGCAUAUUACGCAGGAUCAAGGGGUGGUGACAAGUCUACAUCUUACGCCUAAAUACAUUGUGGUGGCGCUGGAUAAUGCGAAGAUUCAUGUAUUCAACACGGAUGGGAAUCAACAAAAAACGUUGCAGGGGCACGUCAUGGGUGUUUGGGCUAUGGUUCCUUGGGAGGAUACUCUUGUUAGUGGAGGAUGUGAUAGAGACGUCCGGGUGUGGGAUAUGUCUACUGGCGAGAGCCUACAUACUCUUCGAGGGCAUACGUCGACAGUACGUUGCUUGAAAAUGUCAGAUGCGAACACAGCCAUUUCUGGCUCACGAGAUACGACACUGAGAGUUUGGGAUAUCAAAACUGGACUUUGCAAAAAUGUCCUCGUGGGUCAUCAAGCCAGCGUCAGGUGUCUGGAGAUCAAGGGUGAUAUUGUGGUUUCCGGCAGUUAUGAUACAACUGCAAGGGUUUGGAGUAUUUCUGAAGGGAGGUGUCUCCGGACGCUUACCGGGCAUUUCUCUCAGAUUUACGCCAUUGCUUUUGAUGGCUCAAGAAUAGCAACAGGCAGUCUAGAUACAAGUGUGAGGAUAUGGGAUCCAAAUAAUGGCGCUUGCGUAGCAAUUCUUCAAGGCCAUACUUCCUUGGUUGGUCAGCUUCAGAUGCGCGGGAAUACUCUCGUGACUGGUGGGUCUGAUGGUUCAGUACGAGUCUGGUCCUUGGAAAAGAUGGCACCCAUACAUAGAUUGGCUGCUCAUGAUAAUAGUGUGACGAGUUUGCAAUUUGACGAUACCCGGGUCGUGAGUGGAGGUAGUGAUGGCAGAGUCAAGGUCUGGGAUUUGAAGACUGGUGUAUUGGUCAGGGAACUCACCGCUCCUGCUGAUGCAGUAUGGAGAGUUGCAUUUGAAGAGGAAAAGUGUGUUGUGAUGGCCAGCCGAUCAAAUCGGACAAUUAUGGAGGUUUGGUCAUUCUCUCCCCCUGAAGAGCAACUAUACGAAAGGGAUACUCUCGUCCAACGCCUACUAUCCACAACCCCGAGGCCAUUAAGUGCUCUCGAAUACCGAUCAAAUCCGAAUGCUCAAGACCAACCGAUGUCGGGACUGCUUUCACAAGAAGCUGCUUACUGCAAAGACGAUGUGGACAUGACGGAUGCGGGGCCAUCAACGGCACCACCUCAAGCCACAGGGCCAACGUUCUUCCACGAUGAUGACUGA